AUGCCAGCUGCAACUGAAGAACAAGCAACCAAGGACGUUCCACAAACUGAAGAGAAGAAGUCCAAGAAGAAGAAGAACAUGGGUACCCGAGCUCCUCCAAAGGGUCCAAAGAGCAAACCACAAUCCAGAUCCACAAAAGCCGGUCUUCAGUUCCCAGUCGGUCGUCUUGCUAGAUAUUUGAAGGAAGGAAGAUAUGCUGAAAGAAUUGGUGCUGGCGCUCCAGUCUACAUGGCUGCCGUUUUGGAAUAUUUGGCUGCUGAAAUUCUCGAACUUGCAGGUAACGCUGCCCGUGAUAACAAGAAGGGAAGAAUUGUUCCAAGACAUAUUCAAUUGGCCAUCAGAAACGAUGAAGAAUUGAACAAGCUCUUGUCAGAAGUGAUUAUUGCUUCCGGAGGUGUCCUUCCAAACAUUCACAGUGUUUUGUUGCCAGGUACAACCACCAAGGGUGCCAAAUCCACAAAGGGUAGCAAGAAGACCACUGAAGAAGGAUCAACAAGUGCUAGCAUGUCACAAGAAUUUUAA